UAAAAAUUUUUACAAAAAAAAAGAAUGCCGUAUGUCAGGACACUCUCAAUAGUGCUGUGAUAGUAGGACAGAAGUAGAUGCUGAGAUAGAUUGAUCUUCCUGAGCAUUCUCAGGAAGUACAGCCUCUUCUGUGCCUUUUUCACAAGCAUGUUAACAUUCAUAGUCCAUGAGAGGUCCUCCGAGAUAUAAGUGCCCAGAAACUUAAAACUACCCACCCUCUCCACCUCCUCACCAUUUAAGUACAAUGGUAGAUGUUUAUCUCUCUUCCUCCUGAAGUCAAUUAUAAGUUCUUUAGUUUUUGUGGUGUUAAGUGUGAGAUUAUUUUCAUUACACCACAAUGUCAGCCCUUGUACCUCCUUCCUGUAAGCAGACUCAUUGUUCUUAUUAAUGAGCCCAACCACUGUUGUGUCAUCCGCAAAUUUAAUAAUUGCGUUGGUGUUAUAUAGUAGGGUGCAGUCAUGCGUAUACAAGGAAUAAAGGAAAGGGCUUAGCACACAACCCUGGGGGGCUCCUGUGCUUAAUAUCAGAGUAGAGGAAUGGUGAGAUCCCAUCCUUACUGACUGUGGCCUACCUGUCAGAAAGUCCCUUAUCCACAAGCAAAUCCUCUGAUUUAUACCCAAAUUGGACAUUUUAAAAAACAACCUGUUGGGUAAAAUGGUGUUAAAGGCAGAGCUAUAAUCCACAAAUAACAGCCUUGCAUAUGCCCCUGUUGUUCCAAAUGAUUCAAUAUAGUAUGGACAACAAGAGAAUAGCAUCAUCAGUUGAUCUAUUACCCCUAUAUGCAAAUUGGUAUGGGUCCAAAGUAGAUGGAAGACUAGCCUUAAUACCAGCCUCUCAAAACAUUUCAUGACAACAGAUGUUAAAGUUACUGGUCUAUAAUCAUUAAGAGAUACCACUACUGUCUGCUUAGGAACUGGCACUAUAAUAGAUGUCUUCAGGCAGGUAAGGAUACAGCACUGCGACAGAGAUAGAUUGAAAAUAUCCGUGAACACUUCAGCUAGCUCUGCAGUGCAGUCCCUGACAACUCGUUCCAGAAUUCCAUCUGGCCCAGCUGCCUUCCAGAUAUUAACAUUCUGGAAAGUGCAUCUCACAUCAGAGAUCUGCAGUAGAAGUGGUUGUCUAUCGAUGGUAGAUGUUAAUGAUGCACCAUCAGUGGUAAAUGCUGAAUGAUGGUCGUUCUUGUGUCCACCUCAAAACGGCUGAAGAAUUGAUUUAACUGCUCAGCUAAAGAGUCACUAGUCCCAGGCAGACUAUUUUUAUUGCUUUGUCCUGUGAUUUGUCGCAGACCUUGCCAUACACGACCAGAGUCUGAGUUCUCAAAAAGAUGUUCAAUCCUUCAUCUGUAUGUAGCCUUAGUGUCCUUGAUGCCCCUUUUCAAUUUAGCUCUUGCCUCGCUAUACUGUAGCGCAUCACCAGAAUGGAAAGCAGCAUUUCUUGCUCUUAAUAAAAGACACACUUUUCUAUUUAUCCAGGGCUUGUUGUUAGAGAACACCCGUACUUGUCUGGUGGUAGUGACAACAUCAAUGCAGCUUUUAAUGUAAAACAGUACUGUUGAAGUGUUCGGAGGCCUUUCCCAGGAUCAAACAAAGUGAUUGCCAUCACUUCGUGAUUGAUGGGGCACCCCUCCUUCACAUUCAUCUCUCCGGAGCAACUUCAGACCCAUCUAGGAAGGGAGGAAACUAGCCGUGGGGAGCAGAGGUCCGCUCUCGCACGGCCAUACACUGCAGAUGCAAAACCAGGAAGCCCCUGGGAGCCAGUUUCUCAAGGGGUGGAAAACUAAUAUUGUCCUGUAAAACAAUAUGGAAAUAUAUACACCAUGUGGGCUGGACCUCACUUUAUAGUAGUGCUGUCUGGAUUCAAAACUGUGAAAGAAGUAAUGACCAGCUUCCCAGAGGAAUUCUCUGGUAGAAUAGAAGAUGCUUUCGUGAUCGCUUUGGGGAAAAAAAAGGGUAUUAUUUUCUCCAAUGGCCAUGUCUGGAAACAGCAGCGACACAUCGGCAUCACUACUCUGAGGAAGCUGGGCCUGGGGAAGAAGAGCACUGAGCAUCAGAUAGAAGACGCAGCUCAGACAUUGGUGGAAACAUUUAAAAAAACAAAAGGACAGCCAUUUGACCCUUCAAUUCCAGUAAUAAAUGCAGUUUCUAAUGUCAUAUGUGCUUUGAGUUUUGGUCAUCAGUUUGAACCUGAAGAUGAAAACUUCCAGAAGCUAAUUAAAGCAUCAGAAAUUAUUGUGAAAUUCAGUGGUAGCUUUUUUUAUGUGAUGUUUAUUAUGUUCCCACGAUUAAUGAACUAUCUCCCGGGCCCUCACCAGGAUGCCUUGGCUUCGAUAGAGGUGAUUAAUUCCUUUGCAAAGCAGGAAAUAGAGAAACACAAGGAAUCCAGCUGUCUGCAUGAGCCACAAGAUUUCAUUGAUCACUAUCUUCUUCAGAUGGAGAAGAGUAGGAAUGACAUCAACUCUACCUACAAUGAAGAUAACCUGGCUCGGUGUAUUUCUGAUUUUUUUGGUGCUGGAUCAGAGACAACCUUCACUGUUCUGAAGUGGGCACUGCUCCUCUUGACCAAUCAUCCUGACAUUCAAGAGAAAGUCCAGAAAGAGAUUGAAGAAGCCUUUAGUUCCUCUGUCUCAAUUUCCUAUCAGGAUCGGAAGAAGCUGCCCUACACCAAUGCCGUGAUUCAUGAAAUUCAGCGUUUAAAAUAUGUUUUUCUAGUUGGGAUUCCCAGGCAAAGUACAAAAGAUGUGACGAUGAAGGGUUACCACAUUCCAAAGAGCACGCUGAUUUUGCCAGACCUGCGCUCUGUUCUUCUUGACCCUGAACAAUGGGAGACACCUACAGAAUUCAACCCAAAUCACUUUUUAGAUAAGGAUGGGAAGUUCAUGGAACGAGAAGAGUUUCUGCCCUUCGGAAUAGGUAAACGCAUAUGUGUGGGAGAGCAGCUGGCAAGAAUUGAGAUCUUCAUCUUUCUGACCAAUCUGUUGAGGGCCUUCAGCUUCCGGUUGCCUGAAGGAGUGAAAGAACUCAAUGAAGCCCCUAUUGUAAAUGUGACAAUGCAUACACACCCUUACAAACUGUGUGCUAUUCCCACAAAGGCUUAAAAUUAAACCCCAUAAAAAGCAUUAAAUUAUUACAGAAUAGUUAUACAGUAUGACGAAUGUUUCCUAUGUACCUGCCUAUUCACUUAAUAUUGUGCUUUGCUUCUAUUUACUCAAUACUGAAACUUCUUCAACCUAUUGCUGGUUCACACCGCACGCCUAACAAAGUCAACCAAAGACUUAGAGGAUGUGUGUGAAAAAUGUUCUAACUAAGCUUAUCAUGCUUUAUCUUUGUUUCCUUUUGAAUGCCAAUAAAACAUAUUACUUUCCAUUUA